AGAACUCACAUCAAGCGGAGGAACUGUAUUUGUGUCUUGACAAUUGUGUUGAACUUCUUUAGUGAGAUAGGUUUUAUUGUGGAUUUAUCAAGAUACAUUUAAACUUAAAAUGGGAGCAGGAUGUAGUUCAAGUCGAACUGUACAAGAGGACGCUAAAACUCCACACAAACCUAAUGAGAAUACAACAAACAAAACUACCAUUCCUACAGUAACUAUAGAAACCGUCAACACAUCUGAAACAGAACAACAACAACAACAACAACAACAGGAACAAGAACAAGAACAAGAACCAGAACCAGAACCGGUUAAUGAUAACCAGUUAGAACAAGAACAGGUUAAUGACGAGGAUGUCAGAGGGCGAGAAGAAUUCAGUAAUUUUGUGAAAGAAGCGUUGCAGGUUCACAAUGAACUGCGAGCCAAACACGGUGUUCCACCAUUAACAAUUAACAAAGAACUGUGCGAAAAAGCGCAAGAAUGGUCCGAUCAUUUAGCUAAAACUGAACAAUUUGAACAUAGUCCCGAUAACAGACGCUUUAUGUGGAAUGGUAAAGAAGCUACUAUGAUGUGGUAUAAUGAAAUAAAAGAUUAUAAUUUUAACAAACAGGGUUUUACAAUGGGCACAGGUCAUUUUACGCAAGUCGUGUGGAAAGAUACUAAAGUUUUAGGUAUAGCUAAAUCCACGGGACCUAAAGGAAAUACAAUUGUUACAGCAAAUUAUUUACCACCAGGAAAUUUUCAAGGAGAUUUUGAAGAAAAUGUACUUCCACUGAUCUAAGCUCAAACCCCCCGUUUAUGUUUCGUCCUAAAUUAUUAAAUACUAUGUGUUUUGUACUCUUGAGUAGAGCAUUCAAAUAAUUCCGUACCAUUCCAAGCUGAUAAAAACACAGAUCCUAUUUCGUCUCGUUUUUUAUAGUUCAAAAUUUCAUUUUACUUGUCUUUACUACACUAGGUUCUGGAGGUUUUUGGCGUGAGGUACACGGAACUGUGGGUAACCCACUAGAAACAUCAACGCUGAUUGGUUAAUCAAAUGUCUGACGUCAUAGGGUCAAAAUCCGCUUGUAUGACACCUGACGCAACCCCCCGCUACAACUGUUCAGAUCUAAAUGUAGUAGAGGGCACAAAAGUAUAAAAUAAAAAACGAAACGAAAUAUAGAUCAGUAUUUUAAUCAGAUUCGUACCAUUCAGGAUUACUAUUAUCUUGUUAUAUCAGAAUGGAUAUUGUCACACGAAAACCCGGGAUUCACCAGUUUAAAAAUGCAUUAUGUAAGAUUUAGAUAAAGAGCUGGCCUUUCUUGCUAUAAUAGAUUAAUGAGAAAUGAAUAUAUUGAAAAUUUGACAAGUUUUAGCACAGAUUGUUUAUUAUCAUAUUGACAGUCUCACGUGUGUUCUAAUCCAUUUCAAACUCGGCAGUCCGAUGGGUUAGAGAGUUGAUUAUCAGCUUGUCAUGUGAGAAAUGCCUAAAUUCUAAAUAAUAAUUUAUAUAACUUUGUAGUCAUAAUAAAAACUUGCUAUAAUCAGAUUUAGCUCUUACAUGUACAUAAUGUAUCUUUAAUAAAAGGCCUUA